AUGACUCUGGAGCAGAAGACUCAGCUUCCACUUUUUGAGACAAGCAGCUGGUCACAUAUAUGUCAGAAGAGUCGUGGUGUCAUGACCUGUCUGAUGGUGUGUCUUGACAGAAACUCCACGUACUGUAUGAAGGUGUCCAUGUCUCUGACGGUGGAGGAGAGCGAGGAGGGACUCUGCUUCAGCAGCCGAAUUCGGUACCAGGAGAACGCCGAGGUCACCAAGAGCAAAAUGAUCAGCUGCCCUGACAUCGACGACUAUCUCGCACCCUACAAGCAACCUAUCAUGACUUGGUACAAGGAGUGUCAGAGGAAAGAGUGGAGGAGCUCCAUCAUCAUCAACACCACCAGCCUCUGGGUCCCGGAGGUGCAGGAGGAUGACGGAGGGAACUACACCUGUGAACUCAAAUAUGGCAGCAGAGUUGUGAGACGGACCACAGAGCUCAAAGUCACAGGCAUGCGUCUGGUCCUGGACUGCAGGGCUUUCUUCGGCUACAGCGGAGAUUCCCGGCCCAUCAUCUACUGGAUGAAGGGAGAUAAGUUUGUGGAGGAGCUGGAAGGACACAUACGAGAGAGUGAAGUCAGGUACUGUGUUACUUCAAUUAAGAGCAACAAACUGUGGUCAGGCAUGCGUCUGGUCCUGGACUGCAGGGCUUUCUUCGGCUACAGCGGAGAUUCCCGGCCCAUCAUCUACUGGAUGAAGGGAGAUAAGUUUGUGGAGGAGCUGGAAGGACACAUACGAGAGAGUGAAGUCAGGGUGGUGCGGGAGUUUCUGGGGGAGAAGGAGGUGGCGCUGUCGCUGAUCUUUGACGCUGUGGAGGAGACGGACAUGGGCAACUACACCUGUAACGUGGAGAACCACAUCGGCCGAGGCAGCGGGAGCGCCAUCCUGCAGAAGAAAGACGUGUACAGGCUGGAGCUGGUUGGUGGUCUGGGUGCCAUCAUGCUGAUAUUGGGGAUCUUCACAGCCAUCUAUAAGUGCUAUAAUGUGGAGAUCAUGCUGUGCUACCGACGACACUUCGGCAGUGAUGAGGCUGAUGAUGACAACAAGGAAUAUGACGCCUACCUGUCCUACACCAAAGUGGACCUGGAGUCGGUGGAGUGUGAGAUGAGCGAGGAGGAGCUGUUCGCUCUGGAGAUCUUACCGGAUGUUCUGGAGAAACACUACGGAUAUAAACUCUUCAUCCCGCACCGGGACCUCAUUCCCAGCAGCACGUACAUCGAGGACCUGGCGCGCAGCGUGGAGCAGAGCAGGCGUCUCAUCAUCGUCUUGACCCCUGAGUUCGUGGCCCGCCGUGGCUGGAGCAUCUUCCAGUUCGAGCCGCGGCUGCACAGCAUGCUGGUGACGGGCGAAAUCAAGGUGAUCAUGAUCGAAUGCUCGGACCUGCGCAGCGUCAUCAACUACCAGGAGCUGGAGGACCUCAAGCACACCAUCCGAGUGCUGUCGCUCAUCAAGUGGUACGGGCCCAAGAGCAGCCAGCUCCAGUCCAAGUUCUGGAAGCGGGUGCGCUACGAGAUGCCUGCGAAGAGAAAAGAGAGCGUGUCCUGCCGACAAGUCCUGGACUCGGGCGAGCAGGGGCUGUUCGGUGACCUGCAGGCCGUGUCGACCGUGGCUAUGACUGCCACCUCGGCGUCGCUAGUGCCGGCUCACGUGGAGAUACCGGACUAUAACGAGCCGGGCCACCUGCAGAUGCACCACUUCUGCCGCAGCUAUGAGUACGAGUUGCCCAGCUCCGCCAUCGCCACGCUCAGUGGCCAGCACGUGUACUGCAAUCUGCCCAUGACGCUGCUGAACGGACGGCCGGCGCACAACGACAUCGGCAAACCCAAGAAAGACAUUCACUUGAGCAGCCAGUUCGUGCCGCUGUCCAGACCAGAGCUUUCCAGUGACAUCUGGUAGAGCGGCUCCGCCAAACAUCGCUUUGCCGAUCUCAUCCUUCCUUCCUUUUUAUCUGCAUGAGUUCAUCUUGUUAAGAUUAAA